AAUGCCCCGAAGCAAGCCUCGAUAUGUUUAUGCUAACGCUGGACAAGACGUGUUUGCCCGAGUCAGCCAUUUUUGACCUCAAUAGCACCCUCAAAUCGACGAUAAAUUACACCUGUUUCCGAAGCAACGCCAGUGGCUGCGGCUUCGAGGUGCAACUCAACCUGCAUUCUAUACAGGGCUGUAGUCUGCGAGCACAGCGUCGAGACCAGAAUCUGGUGGAGUACUGCUGUCGUCUGGACUCACUGUUUCGGCUUUCUGCCAAUGUGUACAGCAACAGGUUUCGCUCUCACGAGUGCUGCCAGAUUGCCUCGCUGUCGGUGGCGGUACAGGCGCAUACACUGGUGACUGCUUUGCAUACCUUUUUUGCCUUUAAACACUGGGAAAAUAUUGCCAUUGUGUAUGAGGUGAGCCAACUGAAUCUGCAUGCUGCCGUACUGGCGGAAACCAUUCAACUCUUCUUGUCCAGAAUACGCGACAGUUCGGCAGAGCUUAAUGCCUUUAUUAUGCUCAGCCUUCAUUGGGAUACCGACCCACGAGUUUUGAUGAAGCAACUCGGGACGGAUUGUGAAGCAAUCAUACUACUGGCCAGACCACCCAUGUCGGUUUCUUUCCUCUCUGCGAUCUCAGACAUGCCGCUUUUUCUUGACGGCCGUAUUGCCAUCAUUCAGCUCGAUCCCUCAGGUGCCAUAACCUACGAUGUCUUGCGUUUCUGGAAAAUGGUGCUCUCAAAUGCGUCCGCUCUCGGAGCUGCUGGCCAGUGUCUGUACAUUAUGACUGCGCUACCAGCCGGCACUGGUUACAGUGCCGAUUCACCCAUCCUAACAUCAGUACGUGAGUGUUGCCAACAACGGUUUUUUAGGACAAGCUGGGGAUGCCUCUGUAUGAGAGACCAAGGCCUGAUAAGCAUUUUGUAG